AUGGAGGUUCUUAAUGCGAUACGCAUUGGCAUUUCGUCUUUGCGGUACUAUCAGUUGAUUGCCUAUGUAGCCAUCUUGGUCAUUCUCUACUAUGUGAUCAACGCCGUGUAUCGGGUUACACUCCACCCGUUAGCGAAAUACCCAGGGCCUUUUCUCCAAAGAAUUUCGGACUGGCCGUUGGUGUUUCAUUGCUACGGAGGCAAUAGACACAUCAUUGAAUACCAGAACCACCAGAAAUACGGCAAGAUAGUCAGAUAUGGUCCCAACAGCCUCUCCUUCAGUACAGCCACGUCCAUGCAGACAAUCCACCACGCAAAAGCCAACAUCAAGAAAGGGGAAUGGUACAAAACCCUCGACAUAUCAGCCGGAGCUCCGAGCAUCCAGAUGAUGAUUGACAAGUCCGAGCAUGCGAUCCGACGCCGUACAAUCAGCCCUGCCUUCUCCGAGCGCGCUCUCAGGGACGCCGAAGGCCUCAUCGCUAUCAACGCGCGCAAGCUAGCCGACGCGAUCGGAACCCUGCCGAAUGGCGCGAAUCAAGGGGACUGGACUCAGCCCAAGAACAUGAACGACUGGGCAACGUAUUUCGGAUUUGAUUUUGUGAGUGAUCUGGGGUAUGGGAGAUGCUUUGGGAUGGUGGAGGAUAGAGACAAUCGGUGGAUCCCGGGGGUGCUUAAAAGUGCGAGCAGGUUCUUGUACUAUGUUGGAUACCUUCCGUUCGCACCAAUCCUCAGGCCCCUCAUGGGAACAUCGAUCCAGGACUACGUUGGUGGUCAGUCGGCUGCAGAUUCUUUGAAGUAUACGCGGCUUGCGAACGGCCGGUUGGCGGAGCGGAUGGAGUUGGAACGCCAACUGAAGGACUCUGGUAAAGAAACGACACGGAAAGACACGUUCCACUACCUGCUGAACACCAAAGACCCCGUGACCGGGAGAAGAUUUACCACAGAAGAGCUGCAGGCGGACAGCAGUCUGAUAAUCGCUGCCGGCAGUGAUGGAGUUGGGUUAGCGGUGUCGUCCACCAUAUUCUAUCUGCUCCGCUACCCGACAACGCUUUCAAAGCUCACCGACGAGAUCCGGUCCGCUUUUGCGGACGUCUCUGAAAUUCGCCACCCUAAGCUCGGCUCGCUGUCCUACCUCACGGCAUGCGUGGACGAAUCAAUGCGCUUGUGUCCGGCCAAACCGAGCACGCUUCCUCGCGAAGUUCUCUCCGGCGGCAUGAUAAUUGAUGGUCACCACAUUCCGCAAGGCAUCAGCGUUGGCACCCCGACAUACGUGCUGCACCGCGACGAAGACAUCUACCCCGAGCCAUGGGAGUAUCGUCCAGAGCGCUGGAUCGUCGACGAGAAAUCAGGGGUCAGCUCCGAGAACGUCGCGGCAGCUCGUUCCGCGUACUGUCCGUUCCUCAUCGGGCCCAUGAACUGCAUCGGGAAGAACAUGGCAUACAUCGCUGUAAAGCAGGCGCUGGCCCACUUACUGUUCCGGUAUGAUAUCCGGCAGGCGGGUGCCGAACUGACUGGUGGAGGGAGGCCGGACCUUGAGAAAGGGAGACAGAGGGAGGAUGAGUACCAGAUGACGGACUAUAUCAUAGGGUUCAGGGAUGGACCGAUGAUUGAGCUGAGAAGUAGACUUUGA